AUGGAUGUACGAUCUAAACCCAUCAACCCUGGUUCUUCUAAACAAAACCCUAGAUCAUCCUUUAAGAUGAAGACGGAAGUGUUUUGCAACUAUGCACACGGCCUGGCUCGGGAUAGGCGUGGCGGAGUGUGUAUGCUGAGAUCUGCACACGGCCCGGAUAGGGUUUGGUUUCUGCACACGGCCCCAAACUUUCAUGUGUUUACGAGUAAGUCGGAGACUCGCUUUGUGAAUCUGCGGAAUAUAAACGCGGUAUUUCCCUUCUCCGAGGAAACUGGCACACACUCCUCCAGAGACUAUCUGGGCAUCAUGACCACCUUUUUUCCCAUUUGCAUUGUGUGGAUCACCACCUAUGUGGGCCUCCUCUCUGCAGAACAUGUAUUUGGCAAAGAGAGUUCCACAGUUGUCCUGCCAUGUACACUGAGAGUUGUAGGUGGAACUCCAUAUAUUAGGUGGAGCACUGAUAAGGAUGAUGUGUUUGAGCGAAAAGGCAAGGAGUCAUUUCAGGGUCCUGGAUAUGGGGGCCGUGUGAAUGUUCCUGAGACCCAGCUGCUUAAGGGGGACUGUUCCUUGGAGCUGAAGAAUCUUACACUUGCUGAUAAGGGUGUGUACCAGAGCUACCAGGCAGUGAGACGCACAAAAAGAUCUACACAUGUCGAUGAAAAAUGGGAUCUAAUCAGCAGUGUCACAGUCGAUGUAACACCUGUGCCAUCUAAAGAAACAAAUCAAAAGUCAGUUCAACUAUCAGUUCCCACAGGGGAUGCGAGAACGAACUGGCCUCACCCACAGGUCAUGGUCUUGUCCCUCUUCUCUUGUUUUGUCUUCCAGCUUUUUUAUGAGGAAACGUGAGUGAGAUCUAGAGUUGUGCACAGGAUGGCGUGUUUUAAACCAACAUCCACCGAAAAAAGCUAAUUUUACAAUUUCAUAGAAAAGCUGCUAAAGGCCAUUUAUACCACAGAUAUUUGACAAUGCUAGCAAUUUUAUUUGCUAAAAGUUUAUAUACUUUGUGUGGUGAAGGGGCUUAACUCAACUCAGGAUUUUCUCUGUGAGCUUAAUGCUUUUAGUAGGGCCAUCGUUGGUGAACAGAUCUUAGGGGAGGGGUCAGAGAAAGACACAUCCUAAUGACCCCCAUGAAAUGUACAAAAAAGAUGAAAAGUACCUUGCCUGGGUUAGGUUCACCAGGACCUAGUCCUGGAAUCAGUCUCGAGGGUCAUGACUGCAGGUGAGCAUCUGGUGACUGGACGACCCACUUCACUCGGUCAGGUCCAGCCUGAAAUGGUGAUCUGGAAACAUCUUGUAUUUUCACCACAUGCAAGAGAAAGGGAAGGGGACGGAUUGAAUGCCAAACUAUAAACCAGGAAUUAUUAGUGUGUAUGAUAAAAUAUAGAAAGUGUCAAAUCAUGUAAUGCUUUUGACAUUUUCAUUGGAUUCUGCUGGAUUGCUGGAUCCCAGUCCUGUUUGCACAACUCUAGUGCUUUGCACUCUGUGGGGAACUGAGAGUAGGAUGCUAUUUCAGACACAGAAAAACUUACCAAGUCCCAAAGAGCAUUCCAUCCAUCCAUCCAUCUUCUACCGCUUACUCCUUUUUCAGGGUCACGGGGAACCUGGAGCCUAUAACAGGGAGCAUCGGGCACAAGGCAGGGUGCCAAUCCAUCGCAGGGCAAAGAGCAUUCCACACUUUACCUAUUUGCACACCAGUGGGUCUAACACAAUCUUUGAAGCGAAAAGGAUGGAAAUGUGUAAAUAAAUUAUAUAUAUAUAUAUAUAUAUAUAUAUAUACACACACACACACACACACACACACACACACAUACACACAAACACAUAUGUAGCUUUUAUGAGAGUUACCUAGAUGCACUGUAGUUUUUGGCCUUUUAUUUAUACAAUUCAUACUGUAAAUAUUUUUCUAGGGAGAAUAGAAGUAGAAGCUAAAGAUGUUAUUAGUCAUGUAUCAGCCAGAAUGCUGCCCUUACAUAGAUUAUAUGUUAUGGGAUAGGGAGCUGAUUUGUAGUGUGAUGUGUUUUGUACAAAAGGUAGUGUUUUACAUCUAUCUUUAUCUAUGGAAAGCAGGCACAUCUGAGUCAAAUUAUAUCAAAAUAAUAAAACUAACAAUAAAAAAAGAUUGUUCAGUACAAUAGAAAUAAAAAUAAAGUAACUGUAUAAGCAAUCACAGUGUUUUAAAACAUCCCAAAGUACUGAAAACAAUGCUUUAUCCCAGUCCACCUGUGUAACGUUAAUAAAACCCCUUGCUGUUCAUCAAAGGAUGAAUUCACGAACACUGAAUUACACUGGAAAUUUAGCUCAUAACCAACUUGUUUCUAUUGUCUGGAAAGGAUUUUGGAUAAUCAGUUAAUCCAGGUUUAAGGAAUAUUCUCACCACUGAUCUAUGACUUCCAAUAACGCAUGCAUCAUUCAAGAAGGGAAAUAUGUAAUCUGCACAAUCUUUGCGGUGAAAUAAGUGUUGAAAUGAGGAAAAAACUGCAUGGCCAUGGACUGCAUGUGUAGAUGAAUUGAAGCAUUGUUGUGUACACAACAAAUUGUGAGAUUUCCUGUUAGACAGAUUUAAAAACAUUUUAAACCCCUGUAUUUAUCAGAUUAUGAUUGGGCCAGGUGUGAAAUUUUAUGUUAAUACUCCUUUUAGUGAAAAAAGACCAAGUAAAGCAAAAAUAAUAGAUUGCUUUGAGAUUAUCAGAAAAGUAGAUGGUAUCAUUUCUGCCCACUUUCUGUAGAAUAUGCCUUAUAUUAACAUCACAAAUUGAAUUGAUUGAUCAGCACUCCAGGAAAGCAAAAUCUGCAAACUUUCACAAGUGUGAAACUCUUCUCUGGCUAUGUUCUGGAAACAAAAUGUAUGCUAUAUAAACAACCUGUAAACUAUACAAAGACCUAGAUCUUCUGCACUGCUAAAUAAAAUUUGUAAUAAAAAUGUUUUCUACAUUGUUGUUGCAGUAUUAAACAGUAAAAGACU